GGUAAGGUAAGUUUUUCAGUAAGCUUUUGAUGUUAUGUGUUUAUUACUUAUACCCUUUGAGGGCCAAGGUCAAUGUUUAUUCAAGUCAUCCAUUGAAGACUUGGGUAGAUCUAUAUCACUAUUCCGCGGCGGCCUAGACUGUGGUAGUUGCUGUUUUUCUAUGCAGGGACAAGAAUUUUAAGUAAUAUUUAUUCGGACGACAGUAAUUAACCCCCAGGGGCCAGUACUAAACAUGGUGAAAUACAUUGGACUCCCCAAUCUAGUGGAUGUUGUAUUCGCGGAUACGUUCCUUGCAGUCCGUGCGGAACUAUUCUUUAGAAUUACCAAGACUUAUAUUCCAGCCAUCCUUUGAGGACUUGCUCUUGUUUUUAUCCAAGCAACCUUUCUGGGCCAGGUUUAUUCAUUCCGUCCAGCCUUUUGAGGGCUUGUUCAUGCAUUACACCCAACCUUUCAAGGGCAUGUUUGAGUGCUCUGUGUUUUAGGGGAAGGUGUGAAAGCUUUUAAAGGCCUGGUGUGUAUUCUAACCAAUCUUGGGGUAAAGAUGGUAUAUCUGUUUAACAACCUACAGUUGUGGGCAGGGUAUGCAAUUACUCAAAACUAACCAUUGAAAGACAUGUUGCAUUAAUUCCAAGCAAUCUUUGAUGGUUGGGUCUACGUUAAUUCCAGUUGUUAUGGUUCAGGUCUUCAAUAAUUCAAGCAAACCUUUGAGGGUGGAUCUGGAUUUAUUCCAGCUAACCUCUGAGGAUGGAUCUGCUUCAGUUCCAGCCAAAUCUUAGAUGAUGGAUUGCAUUAAUUCUAGCAAGUUUUGGAAUGACUGGUCUUCAUAAAUUCCAGUUAAGUUUAGGUUAGGUCUGCAUUAAUGCCAGCCAACAUCUGAGGAGGCAGACCUUUAUCCAUAACAGCUGACCUGAGAUCAAGGUCUGGUUAUAUUCACCCACUGUUCAGGGGCUGGGUCGACAUUUACAACCAACCAGCCAAAGUACUAACCUUUCAAGGGCAGGUCUGUUUUAUUCCAGCCUGUCUUUUGAGAGUUGAGUUCGCAUUAGUUCCUGGUAAGCUUUGUGGGAUGGUCUCCAAUUUUUCCAGCCUAUUUUAGAUGGCGAGCCGAGGUGAGUUUUUUCCAGACUACCUUUAUUGAUGGAAGGGUUUGUUCAUCCAUUUAGCUUUCCGCGUACAUUUUUUUUUUUUUUUAUCUUCAAGAGGUGAAAUAUUUUAUGAGAAUUUUAAAGAUUCGUAAUUUUACGAUAACCACUUCUACCGUAGUUCUGACAAAAGGAUAUUUUGUUUUCCAUCCUUGAUCUGCAAGAGUUCUUUGCAAAUGGUUAUUUCUAUUUAAGUGUUUAAUUUUGUUAGUUCUACAUAAAGUUAAUAAAAGGUGACAAUCAUAAUAGGGUAUAAAUUUCAUGGAAAUUCAGAUUUAUUCUUUAACGAUAGUUCAGGGUACUUUAUGACUGAGGAAGUAUUCUGGCUUAUGUUUUGGUUACAAGGAGAAUUUAGUUUCGAAUCGGACAGAACUGGCGCGCGAGAUCGAGUAGAGAAAGCUUCAGCCUUGAACAUUCAAUAAUAGGUCUUGGAUUAGGAGUAAUUUAGGUUGUAAACCUUUUACUGCUGAAAACAUGCUGUUUAUGUAGACUGAUUAAAGCGUAUUUAGAGAUGACUACUGUCAAAUUGGAAUGCGGCCUUUCAUGUGUAAAUAGGUCCAUUUGCAGCUUGUCUUAGAAUAGAGUACUUAUGAAGAUUGAUUUAGUACCUGAUUUACAUUUCUAUAUAAAAUUGAGUGUUUAAAGUUGGAGAAGUUUAAUACACAAGUAAAAUGUGUGUUUUUUUUUUCUAAUUAUUAGAUUAUAUAAGGACUGAGACAAAAGCAGCCUUUCUGUAAGUCUCUAAAAAUAUAAGGUUAACUGUCUUAAGAUCAAUGCAGUAGAUUGACGGCAUAUGUUGAAAGCAUUUUGAACAAAACAAUGUUUCAAUUACAAUGACUAUGAUGAAGUAAACGAUUUAGUAUUCUUACCCCUCAGAACGGAAGUUUAAAAUCCGUGUAUUUUGUUUCAGAUUCUCAAACUAGAAUGAAACUAUGGCUGUGAAAACGCCGUGGAAAAGGAGAGAAAGAAUGUCAUAUGAAUGAGCCAUAUGAGGAUGCUACCGUUCACACCUACUGAUUAAAGUAUUGCAUGCUGUAACUUAUGGCCCAUGCAUUAAUUAAGCAGCUCAGCCAAUACCGCAUGAUUUUCAAUUUCAAGAAAAGUUUGACAGGACUUCUUCUGACAGGAACUCUCAAACUCGACGAAGGCAUCACGGCUCUUCACGGAGUUGACAAAACCAUCCUAGAUGCAGCCAAGUCGGACUGUUUUGCUACCAUGUCCAUCCAACACAGCGGAAUGUUAAAGAAACUAAAAGACCUCCAGUUUGAUAAGGAUGUUGCAGCUGAAUGUCACGAGAUACUUCAAACACUCCAGUUUGCUACUGUGGCUGCCAAUAUGAACGUUCAAGAUAUUUCAGACAUCCAGCUCGAGCUGAAUGUCACGCGAUACUUCAGACAUCUAGUUUGCUAUGGUGAUUGCAAGUUCAAGAUACAGCAGUACUAUGUAGUUAUUGCAGCUAACAUUGCAGCUGAAUGUCCCGAGAUGCUUCUAACACUCCAGUUUGCUAUGGUGACAGCUGAUGAACGUUGA